ACGAAAAAGUCGUGAGACGGCAAAAAUGCCAUUUGGCUCGUUAAGCGAUUGUGUAAGAACAAUGCAUAUCCACACGUCGCUGGGUGCAUCGAAAAGAUAUCAGAUGCACUAUAAAAUGCAUUGAUGCUGCCUCUGAAGAAAUCAUAGCAAAUGCAACCAGCAAAGAGAUCAAUAACAAUGGAACUACAACUGCAACAACUUCGAGGACAACAACUUCGUAGUAUAAUACUUUUUAUACUCGCCAUGAUAUCAGCUGUCAAUGCUAAUGGUGACUGGAUGUUUAAUGAUGAGCAAGCGGCGGGUGCUCAGUAUGCCAAACUCUUUGGCCAGGUGACCGGCGAUGCAAAUAACAAUAAUAAUCCGACACAGGAGCAAUUUGGACCCUUUCAAUAUCAAUAUGUGGACUAUCAACCCAAUUGCAAGCCAGGCGGUGAGCCUGUGUGUGCCACAAACGGUGUGAAAUUCUUUCGCUUCGAGAACAUUUGCAAAUUGGAGGCGGAAAAUAUGAAGAUGCUCUUUCAAUAUGGCACAGAAUUGGAACCCACCGAGCUGGCACGUUGUAUGCCCGACUGUGAGAACAUUAAAUGCACCACGAAAUAUGCACCGAUUUGUGCGGCACCCGAGACCGGACCACAUCAGGGACAGGGCGUCACCUUUGCCAAUGAGUGCGAGGUGCGACGACGUGAAUGCGUCAGCAAAGAGACUCAACGCUUUCUCAACCGUGGACCUUGCCAUCAGCUGAAGUCCAAGUCCAAGUCCAAGUCGAAGAGCAAACGCAAGUACAGACGUCGCAGCACAACAAUUGCACCGACCGAGAGCAGCACAGCGACAGCGACAGUGACGACAACCAGCCAAUUGCCGCGAACCGAAGCACCGCGAACGACAACAACAACCAGCACAACGACGCCGGUGCCAAUGCAAUUUCACGAGUACCGAAGCCAUGUGAAUCCGGGUGUUUCGGUAGCGCGUGCCGUUAACGCCUACAGUGUGUACAACAUACCCGAUGUGGGUGAGGAUUAUAACGAGAUUACCGACUCCAGCUUGUCGGUAUAUUUACCAGGGGUGGGCACUGUCACCGAUACGCCGCCCAGCACCACAACAACCACAACAACGACAACAACAACGACACCGAAACCUACAACGUCGACGACAACAGGUCUACCAUACACCAGUUCUACUGUGGAAACCACUUUGGCACCACCGACGACAACCACUGCGAAAACUACUUACAGCUUCUUUUUUGUGCCUUAUGGCACCACCUCCACCACCACUGAACAAUCAAGCACUACCGAGAAGGUUGCAAGUAAGCCUAUCAUUAAGGCUACCAGCAAGGUUGUGGACAACCCUACCAGCAAGGCUGAAAACAACUCUAUCAUCAAGGCUACUAGCAAAGUUGUUGGCAACCCUACCAUGAAGGCUGUAGAGAGCACUACCAGGAAGGCUGCAGCUAAAGCUAGCAUUAAGCCUACCAACAAGGCUGUUAAAAGCCUUAGCAGCAGCACGGAGAAUAGCAGUACCACCGAGGAGGCUGUCAAUAGUACAACUCCCAAACCCAACAACAAUACUAAAGCAAUUGUCGACAUCAAUACAAAGUCUGCUAACGCUACUGAAACCCCAUUCAAGGUGAUAAACAAAAAUGGAACAUCCACCGCAAAACCUAUUGCAAAUCCAAAACCAAUUCCAAAGCCAGCUUUACAAAAAACCGAAAAGUAA